UUUUUUUUUUUUUUUUUUUGAACAACUUUGAACCUAUUUCUGACAACGCAUCCGUGCCUAUGCAGUCGUGCGCCUAGUCAGCUUCGCAGUUACGCAGAGCAUGCGCCAGGUCUCGCGCGCAAAGCAGACGUCGUGGGUUCGCUGCACCAUCGACUAUAAUGACUACGAGGCCGGCUUUAACCAGGCUAUGUGGCAGCGCUCCAAGGCGCUCAUCCAUGAGCAGCGGAUGAGGGAAAUGGAGGACUUUAUCGACCAGUCCACUGUGGAUAUCCCGCCUUGAGGAUGUUGGUGGUGGUGCUUAAGGGUACUCUUAUCACCUUGUGUGGCGAGCGGACUUGGGGUUGAGUUCUUCGGUGCUUGGGUGAUUUUUUGAAAGUCGUUUGUACCCAAUUCGUUAUAUGUUGCUUUCUAACAGGAGCGGGAAUGUAUAAUUGAUUAAAAGUUAAUGUUCUUUUUGUAAAGUUUUUCGGAAAUAUUCGCGCCUGCUGCUCGGCGUCUUUGAGGUGAUACAGGUGCUUAGAUAAUUGCGUGGACUGGUACGCACUGGACGGUGCAGGGCGA